AUGGAUUGGGAAGAGAUGUGGAUCUUCGCUUGGCUACCGAACCUGGAGGUUCUAAAAUUAAAAUUUCAUGCCUGCAUUGGAGAAAAGUGGGACACAGGUGAUGCAACGUUUCAGCGACUCAAGAUAUUGAAAUUGCACGGCUUGGAUCUAAGGCAAUGGGUAUGCUGGAGGGAUAACUUCCCAGGUCUACAACAUUUGGUGGUUCGUCAUUGCUUAAAACUGGAGAUUAUCCCAUCAGAUAUAGGGAAGAUUUUGACACUGGAUGUGAUUGAGGUACGGGGCUGUAGCAGAGUUGGAGAAAAUAGUACGUUUGCUGUGAAUCCAGUUCACUACCAGGGAAGAACCAUGGAUGAUGCUCUUACUCUUCUCUUAAAGCAGUUGUUCAGUGACAUGAAUGGUGCAAUGAUGGGCAAUCAGUUAAGUUUGGUAGGACUACAAGGGAUACCAGUGAUAGAAAGACAUUUAAAUGGUCUCAUCAAUCACGUAAAAAAGAUGAUGCUAGGGUAUGAAAAUGAGGAAGUACAAAGCUUAGUUAAAAGCUUGGAAGAGAUGGCUCGCGUCCAAAAUUUGUAUGGCUCUCAAAAUUCAAUGAUCAAUGAGAUUGUAGAGGUUAUUGAAGAACUCUGUAACAUCAGACAUGGAUCACACAUAGGAGAAGAACCUGUUGUGGGUUUUGAUGAUGAAGUAGAAACAAUACUUGAUCAACUUACUGGAACUUCAGCAAAGCAAUUACAGGUUAUCUCAAUCACAGGUAUGGCGGGGCUUGGUAAGACAACUUUGGCUAGAAAACUAUACAGGGAUCCAUUAAUUGAGUAUGUAUUCGACUUUCGAGCAUGGACUUGUGUUUCUGAAGUAUAUCUGAAGAGGGAUUUGUUAGUCAGCAUAUUAAGCUCUUUUAUCAGUGAUCUUACAGAUGAGAUUAAUAAAAUGAGUGAUGAACAGUUGGGGGAGAAGCUGCACAGACUUUUAAAGGGUCAUAAAUAUUUGGUGGUCUUGGAUGAUAUCUGGGAUGAUAUGGCAUGGACUGAUCUCAGAUUUUAUUUUCCAGAUGACAAAAUUGGAAGCCGAGUUCUGUUUACUAGCCGGGACAUAGACGUGAGUUUACAUGUACAGGCAGCAAGACCGGCUCAUAUUUUGCGUCUUCGUACUGCAGAUGAAAGUUGGGACAUAUUUCAGAAGAAGGUAUUUAGAAUGGGAAUAUGCCCUCCUCAUUUGACGAGAAUUGGAAGAAUGAUUGCAAAAAGAUGUAAAGGUUUGCCUCUUGCAAUCGUUAUAGUUGCAGGUCUUGUGAAAACUCAAUUGUCAUAUAGAUGGUGGUCGGAAAUUUCUGGGAGUCUACAUUCCUACAUGGUUCGUGAUCCAAGCCAAUAUAUGGACACACUGGCUUUAAGCUAUGACCAUUUGCCUCCUCACGUAAGAACUUGUUUUCUCUUUCUUGGUGUAUUUCCCGAGGACUAUGACAUUCCGGCAACAAAGUUGAUUUGGCUAUGGGUUGCUCAAGGAUUCAUACAUCAAACUGAAAACAGAAUCUUGGAGGAUGUUGCAAAGGACUUCUUGAUGGAUUUAAUCAAGAGAAGUCUGUUAAUGAUUGCCAAAAAAAGCGCUGAUGGCCAAAUUAAAGCUUGCCGCAUCCAUGACUUGUUGCGGGAUUUAUGCUUGAGAAAAGCCGAGGAAGAGAAUUUUUCUCCACAAAUUUACAGAUAUGUUCCUGUCCAGGCAUCUUCAAGUACUGUCACAAAUAUGCUACAUGGAAUGUCAUUAAAUCCUCGUCCUGCAUUAACCAACCCCUAUGGUUUGUGCUAUCCAUUUGAGAUGGGCAAAGUUCUUCAAAAGGGUGGAUCAGUUCUUAGUGAAACAUACAAAUCCCUUAAGAUUCUAGAUUUGGAGUCUAUCCCUAUCUCCUUAUUUCCUUGUGAUGUAAUACAACUUGAUAAUCUGAGAUACUUGGCCAUUCAAGCUCAUGACGGAAGUCCCCGAGCAUCAAUCUCAAACCUUGUCAACCUACAAAUGCUGAUAAUAUUAUCGAGGAAGAAUAUUGUUGUACCAAAAACAAUAUGGAACAUGGUAAAUCUAAGGCACCUUUCUAUCAAAUCAGGGGAAAAUGUUAUGGAGGAGCCUUGUUUUGUACAAAACACAGAGAAUGAUGGUUGUCCCAGUGGGCUGGCUAGCCUGCUAACCUUGUCCCAAGUAAGUCCUCAAUCUUGCAACAAUAUAUUUUCAAGGACUCCCAAUCUUAGGAAGCUUGGGUUUUGUGGACCGUUAAUGUCAAAGCUAGGUGAUCUAGAGUUUCCAAAUUUACGCUCUUUGCAACACCUUCAAAAAUUGAAGUUAUUAAAUACAAAUCCCUACCCUGAACCAACGAGAUCCUGCAAUCCUAUUAUGUUCCCUGAAAACCUUAAGAAACUGACGUUGUCUAAUACUUGCAUGGAUUGGGAAGAGAUGUGGACCUUCUCCUUGCUACCUAAUCUGGAGGUGCUAAAAUUGAAAUUCAAUGCAUUCGUUGGAGAAAAGUGGGAGACAAGUGAUGCAGAGUUUCGGCCGCUCAAGGUAUUGAAACUGCAUGACCUGGACUUGAGGCAAUGGGUGUGUUCAAGAGAUAACUUCCCAGGUUUACAACGUUUGGUGAUUUAUCAUUGUUCAAAACUCAACAGCAUCCCAUCAGAUGUAGGGAAUAUUUUGACACUAGACGUGAUCGAGGUACGAGGGUGCAGUAGAUCCACAUGGGUCUCCGCACAAAAUAUCCAGAAAGAGCAAGAGAGCCAAGGGAACUCUUUUUUGAAAGUCCAAGGAACCAACAAUGGUUCUGGUGUCACAUUUCUAGCAUUCCCAGGGAGCAGUCACAUGGGUAGAUUUGUGGGGAAAAAAAGAUCUAGGAUAUUUAGGGGACGUUUACCAAUACUUACCUGGGAAAUUAGGGCAGAACCCUUGUGCAUUUUCUAUUCAAGCAGACCAGAAUCGAGCAUUUCUAAUGCUAUAGAAAAGGGGUUAAUCGAUUACCUGCUGAGUGAUGGGAGACGCCGGCAAACAGGAAGGAAGACAGCACCGGCGAGGAGGCAAACCUUGGGCACAACUUCGCAAGGGACGCAACGGGAAGGAAGACAGCACCGGUGA